GUUCGCUAUUCGACCAGCUGAUUUGUGUCUGUCGUUGAGAGUUGUGUUGUGUAGUUGGUCAACAAAGAUAUAAAUUUCCAUUUUAUAAGCUCCUACAAUUUACCCACAACAUAAUUAGUUAAUAAUAUAGUGCCGUGAUCGACUUUCCUAGGCGAUCAGGUACUAAUCGUGUAUAUUUUGAUCAGUAUUGCAAUUCAAAAUAUGACGUCAGUCUGUGGUCUUUAUGGAUGAAAUGACGCAGUAGCAGAAUAAAAUAAAAAUAACAAAAAAUGGUAAUAGGUGGUUGAAAAUCAGGACUAGAGUAAAAUAGAAGAAAAUGUCUGGGUCGCCAAGCCCAUCGCGCCGCAGCGUCACGGACAGCGGUGGAGCUGCCGGGCUUCAGCCUCGAACCGUGGCUCCACAACAGGUUACUGACCCCACGAUUUUGGAGAGUGUAGCAGGGUUCAUCAAUGAAGUGGUGCCCACUGGGUCGGCAGGAAAUGUGACCCCAAGAGAUACUAGAGAUCAGAUUCAAUGGGUCCGCUUUGAACAGAUGGAACCAGAUGAGGAUGAAAAAUUAGUAUCAGGUUAUGAGUAUGAUAAGAUUGCUGCAGUGUCCGUAGUUCUCGUGGUGGGAUAUACAUCAGGCGUACAGGUUUGGGCAAUUCCACCAAAUGGCGAGGCAAUAGAGAUAAUGUCAUGGAAACACGGCACAGUGAAGGUGCUGAAAUUUCUUCCAAAUCCCUAUAUACCCGCGGGUGACUACAAAAAGGAUACCUUCAAAUCCAAGCGCCCUCUAGUUGCAGUGUGUGAUAGUUCCUCAACUAAUCCACCAUUUAGUACCUUGAAUUUCAUUUCUGUGAAAACCGGAGAACAGGAGAAAGUCAUAAAAUUUAAAAAUGCCAUCAUAGACGUGCUAGCCAACAAGCGUUCAGUUAUAGUAACAUUUCAAGAGAAGAUAGCUGUAUUCGAUGCUUUCACCUUAGAAGAUCGACUGACUGUCACAACCUGCUACUUGAGUCCAGGGUUGAAUCCAAACCCUGUUGCUAUUGGACCCAGAUGGAUGGCUUAUGCAGAAAAAAAGCUGAAUUCCUCUAAAAGAAGUAGUGGUGGAAGCGAAGGCGAGGGAGUCCAGAGCUACACAGCAACAGUGUUACAUGCUGCGAAGUCCUUUAGUAGAGGACUUAGAGAACUAGGAGAGAGCUUUGCUAGCAGUCUGACUGGAAAUGCCACAUUCAAACCAGGCACAUCCCCAAACAGCCCCCAGGCUGGCGGCAUUGCAGAUGAUAUUCAAAAAGGUGUUGUUACUGUCUUGGACAUUGAGUGUCCUUCAUAUGUGCCUCAGGAUAAAUCAAAUCUAGCUGCCGAUCCGAUAAUAGCCCAUUUCACCGCCACCACUGAGGCGAUAGUCUACUUGAAGUUUGAUUCCAGCGGCAUGUUGCUGUUUGCAGCUGACAAACGGGGACAUGAUUUUCAUGUGUUUCGAAUCCAGUCGCAUCCUGCUGGGCCUAUUUUAGCUGCGGUUCAUCAUCUUUACGUUUUGCAUCGCGGUGAUACAUCUGCUAGAGUACAGGAUGUGUGUUUUUCUCCUGAUUCCCGCUGGGUAGUAGUGUCGACCAUGCGCGGCACUUCUCACGUGUUCCCCAUAACUACUUAUGGCGGUAAUGUGGGUGUCAGAACACAUUGCUCACCCCACGUCGUCAACAAAAUGUCUAGAUUUCAUAGAUCUGCAGGUUUGACUGCGGAUGGAAGAUCGAACAGCCCUGUGUCUUGUUUUGAAGCACCAUCUACCUCACAUUAUCCAUAUCCCAAUCCUCGAUUUCCUUCUUACCCUCACCCUACCGUGAUAAAUCCCCUAGCUCAAAUUAGACAACCUCUCUUCGUACAAAAUGUAGUCAACGUGCAACAGAGGCCGCAAGGCAGACAACGACUAUCUUCUUCUUCAGAAGAAAACAUAGCUUUAAAGAAAGAAUGUUCAUAUGGUAUCUUCUCAUCAGUGCAUACUAAUUCCAUCGCAUAUAUGAAUUUAGAGGUGGCCAGUUGUUUCGCCCCACCUAGAGCCUGGAUUGACAACCAACCCCGAGAAACUACCAUGAAUAAACCUGCAAGACCUAUGCAGUCGUUAUUCAUAAUAUCUAGUCAUGGAAUGCUGAUUCAGUACGACCUGGAACCUCACCAAGCUUCCAAUGUUCCCAAAGAAAAAGUGUGUAGUGAAACGCCAAUUGAGUUGACAGUUUGUGCAAAGGCUCAGUGGGUUCUGCAAAGGUUCCCUGGCUCUGUAGACCAGCCUCUACCAAUAUCCCCAGAAUACUUCAACUAUUUUAGUCGUGAUGUAAGCUCUACUAAGAAGAACAGGCCAGACGUGGAUGAAUGGCUAUCUCAGGUUGAAAUCGUUACACAUGCUGGUCCUCAUAGAAGGCUUUGGAUGGGUCCUCAGUUCACUUUCAAGACCUACACUACUAGCGGCUCGCCAGCGGCAAUGGCUGAAGCUAAACCACUGGACUUGACUCCAUCAAGUGCAAUCAAUGUACCAGUAUCCAAAUCCAAUGCUAUUACGAUAGAAGCUGGAUCAGCAAAUAGCUCUGAACAAUUGUUUUUAGACGCAUUUCGUAAGAACUAUAUACAAUCGAGUGGUGGGGAAAAUCAACUAAAGGAGGAAUUGGCUGACGCCAUGCUAGAAUCACCAGGGAUCAGAGAGACUGGUGGCCGUUGCGUGAUCGUGCAAAUGAAACCGGCCGUUGCCAAAGUGGUGAAUCCUUUGGGCACGGUCGUGAACGUGCACACUGAACAUGACAGCGACCAGGAAGCUGCCGCGACCGAAGAAAUUGUCAUCCACGAGAACUGCGACGAGACGCUGUUCAGACCUGUGGUCACUCCAAUAACUACAGCAUGUCGCGAGAUGAACAGACGGUAUGCUGACGAGAUCAUGACCAAGAGCUUGCAGCCACACACCGAAGUAGCGGUGAGUCUCUUGAAAAAAGAGAAGCCAUUAUCAAAAACUACAAAGACUAAGCGGAAAGAAGUUGUUAAGGAGAAAGAAAGUACUAGCAAACGGCCUGAGGAGAAGCCCAAUACUAGUUGGAAGAGCCCAGAGGUGAUGAAGCCAUCACCUGAGAUGCCAGAACCAGUACCUGUUGCGAAAUUUAUUCAGAAAAGCCCAGAUGUAAUGAGACCAAGGGUAGAACCACAUAUGCCAGAACCACCAAUAGAAUUUCCCAAAAGAGUAGAAAUACCUUCUAUUGACACUGAGGAUUUCUUCUCAUUGGAAACAAAAGCUGAAAAGUUUGAGGACGCGAAGGAUUGUAGUGAGGAGAAAAAUUGUUUGAACAAAGAAAAGAAAAAAACGAAAAUCAAGAAGAGGCAAGAAGAAAUGGUUACAGUAGUACCAGAUCCGAUAAUUGAUGAUAAACCUAUACUAAAACUACAGAGAAAGCCUAAAAGUAAACUGGGCGUGAAAAUCAUAAAUAUCAAUAAUGAAAACAACAAGAAAACUGAGGAUGUGGUAGACGUGGUAGUUACAACUCCCCAAAGCAAACUUUGGGGCGGCAUAACAAGUUAUAAACCUACCACAACUACUGACACUAAUGAAACAAUUAGGAAAAAAACUCAGGAAGAUGUCGUGGAUAUGGUUGUGGCAGCACCACAACGAAUGUUAUGGAGUUCCAUUGCUGCCUCAAAGUCGGCAGACAAUGAGACAAACAUAAAAGAAAACACUGAGAUAGCUCCUUCAAAGAAAUCUUGGAAUACUAUAGCUGCUCCAAAAUGUGAAACUGGAGGAUCCCUGCUGGACAGUGAUAAUAAAGAAAAUGAUCUCGAUUUGGACUUGCCCAAAAUCGAGUUUGUGGACAAGUUCAUGUAUCUUCCUACCGAGUGCAUUAAAGAAGACUUGAUUGAUAUCAACACUCCCAUGGAAGAAAAAGUCCAGGAUUCUGAAAUUUUAGUUAUCUCUGAAUGCGCUAACCUUAUAAAAAUAUAUAAGUCUUCAGAUGAUGAAAAAGUUGAAAGUAGUGGGUCUAAUGAAACCCCAGAGAGUGAUGACUCGUGGAAGGCAUGCAAAGUUGUAUCCACCGACGUGAUUCCUUCUGAAUUAGCUCCCACCAUUUCUAGAGCGGCUAGGAGGAAAAAGCGAAAGAAAUAAGUGGAAGAGGUCAAUCUAGGUCAUUAUUUUGGAGUGAAUGAGUUGAGGGAACUUUGAUUGCUGCAAUAAAUAAGAUAUCUCUCCAUCAGUUUAAGUGUCUAGAUGAUAAUUUGUAUGUAUUACAAGGCAGAUAAUUCAUCAGAGUCAAAUAUUGCAGUGAUAGAGGUUAUAAUUCCCGAACCUUAACCGCUUAGUUUAGCAUCUACAAAAUUAAAUUUGAAACAAUAUAUUAUAUUAAAAAAUGUAAUUUUUAUAUACUUUCACUAACUUAGUCGUAUUUCAUUCGGCUUAGCUUUUACUUUAUCAAACUAAAGUAACGUUAAUUGCAAAAUGCGAUUUGUAAUUAUUUACAAUUGGAUGUAUUCUAUACAGGGUGAGUUUUUAGUGUGGGCUCGGUCGAUAACUCCGUUAUUACGCAUUGUAUAUGAAAAAAUUAAAUACAAAAAUUGUAGCCUCUCGGCUUGGAAAAUAUUUGUAUUUCUACAGUGCGAGUCAAAAUUACGUGGCGAUUCAAACAUUUUUUUUAAUGGAAAGCUCUACGUUCAUUGCAGAUUUCAAACAAAGCAACUACAUAUAGCAUGCCAUAUAGGGUUUUAUUGUCAGGUUGUUGAGAUAUUGGACAAACUAUCAAAAAUAAACUCUCAACUUUGAUAACUCGCACCUCCGCAACUGUCAUAGCUAGAGAACUGGAUUUUUCGUUAAAAAAUUGUAUACUCUCAUCGUUCCUUUCACCCCUACUUAUUUUUUCAUUAUUAGUUUUUUUUAGUUUAGUCAAGAUAAUCAAGAACGCAAUGAUUUUCCUUUCCAUGAACUUUUUUCUGAUAUAAGGUUUAUGGGGGUUUGUAUGACUAGUUUUUGACUUUGCUAAAAACAUAGGGACACCUUUUGACUUUUCGACUUUAUUGCAUAAGGCUAAGUACGAGUAGACUAAUUUAAAAAGAAAAUUUGCCAAUCUUAACUGCCGUUACCAUCUAAAUGCUAUUUUUUAGUUUGGAAGGAAUUGUAAUAUUGACUUACAAAGAGGUUAGCUGUAACCCAAAAACCGGUCGUACAAAACCCCAAAAGCCUCAUAUCAAUAGAAGCUUGUGAAACGUGAAUCAAGGAAUGUGAAAAUGCACAGGAUGUUCCAUUUAAAGAUUGUUCGAUCACCCUGUAUAAACUGAAAAAGUAGGUGCAUAGGAACAAAACAUGGUAUCAUAUAUUAAAUUGCUUCAUUUGAAAGCGUGUAUGUAAAUCUGUAAUCAAAUGUAAGCUUUCCAUGUAAAAAAGUGCAUGUUAGGGUCACCGCACAGUUAUGAAUCACCCUCUAGAGAUAAAAAUAUUUUAAAAGCAAGUUGCAUACGGUUGGCUAUAAUUUUUAUAAAUAACCUUUUUAGAUACUAUGCGCAAUAACAGAGUUAUCGACUGAGUCCUCACUAAAAACUCACUCUGUAUAUCGUUUUAUGUUUAACUGCUUUUUGAACAAAAAUAGUUUGCCUUAGAAUUCAAUUACUUGAUGCCAAUCUGUGUAUUUUUUCUCUAUCUUAAUUUUAUAUCCAAACCAAAAAUUGUUAUUCUACAUGUGUAUGUUCAGUAUUCAUCAGAUCUGCAACUAUGUAAUGUUUAGUUUUGGAUCUGCAAAGUUCCCUACACAGGUUUUAUUAUUUUAUUAAUCUAGAGUAAACUUGUAAAUAUACAAUAAAGGUCAGUUUCAUGAGUUGUAAGAAAGGUGGUUGGAAUUAUAGAUUGUAGGCUUAAAAAGACUUUAAUGCUUUUUCUAAUGACCCAAUCCUGUCUCAACAUAAAAAGGUGAGCAAACAAUUAAAAAACAUGUAAUCAAUCGUAAAAAAAGUAGAAACUCAGAAAAUGAGACAGGUUCAAGUUUUAAAUAUUUGAGUUCUGUACUGGCCUGACAGAUAUAUUCUUACAUUUCUGUAUGGUUCUUUUGUACAAUUUAAAAAUGGAUUUUAUCUAUUUAUCGAUCGAAUUGAUUGAAAUAAACUAAUUUUCACAUUUUAUAAAAAAUGAUGUACUGGUGUUGGCAUAUACACAUAUUUUGAAGCAAUCUUUGUUUUAGUUCUGUUGACUGAACCAGUUAUUAAUGUAGUUUAUCUCCUAUACUCACUAUUUUUAUAAAACUAAGAAUUAUUUCAUAACUCUCACAGGUAUUGCAGAAUAGCAUGCUAUAAAAUGUAACAGAGUACCAGGAACAAAACAUAUGGAAUUUGACAACUGGUCAAUUUAAAAAAAAUCAUAUAAUGACAGAUUAUCAUGUGCUGAACUCACGUUCUAAUGGGCCCAAAACUCAGAAAUGGAUAUACAGGAUGUUGAAGUUUGGUGCUGUAGCAGCUGUGGGUAUUUAUGCCUGCACCGUUUUACGAAAACUAUCUCGUCUUCAAUGUACUCAAAGAAAUUAACGAUAUAAUAAAAAUCACCUGGACUCAAACAAUAUUUAGGGUGUCUAACGAAAAUGGUAAGUGUUUUAAUGGAACACCCGCUAUUAUAUUAGAUAUUUGGACAGACCUUUCGAAAACAAGAAGAUACACAGUAGGUUUGUGUGUCAUUUGUUUAGAUAUUAUUUUUGAAGGCUUUGAUUUCAGCCAUUCUGGGUAGGUUUUUACUGAAUUUGGGAAGAGGAUGAAAAAGAACGCCAAUUUUAUCACGGUGCUGCAAAAUGCAAAACGUUGUUUAUAAAAUUUAAAUGGAAUAUUCCGUAUAUUUUUACACCUUCAGAUUUGCGUUUUUAUAGGUAUCUUCUGGUAAUCAUUUUAAUACUUGUUUAUUAAAACGGUUAUCUGAUUAUACUUGAGAAAAUACAGGGUGGCCGAUAUGUAACUGACUGGUUUGUAUCUUAAAUAUUUAUGAACUAAAAUAAAAUACGUCCAUUUUUUUCAACUUAAUCUUUUAUUGAAAAAUAAUAUCAGACAAACGUCCGCCUCUAGAAGCCUCGUAAACCUGAACCCUCGUGGUUACAUUUUCCAUCACUUUUUGGUAGGUUUCGGAAGGAAUAUUUUCAACCGCGUCUCUACAGUAUUUGGUUUGUUGGCAUAAACCCUAUUUUUCCAUAAAAAAGUCAGGAGCCGUUAAAUCCGGUGACCUUGGUGGCCAGUUGACAACAUCACCAAAUCGAGAAAUUAAACGUACCGGAAAUAUUGUUCGCAGAAGAUUCAUCGUUUCCAUAGCCGUGUGACAAGUUGCUCCGUCCUGCUGGAACCACUUAUAAAGUUUUGCACCAUAUCACGGUAGCGCUCGCCAGUGACAGUAAGAGCAGCGUCUUCAAAGAAGUAAGGUUCAUCGACACCUCCAUACCAAACACCGCACCAAACUGUGACUCGACGCGAAUUUAGUGGUCGUUGAUGGAUGACACGAGGCCUCUCUAAUACCCAGAAGGAUGUCUGGUAGAUGUCUCAGGGCGCUCCACUACACUUUCACGAACUUUCUCGAUAUUUUCUGGAGUAUGAACAGUUCGAACACGGCCCGACCUUGGCUUUGUUCAAAUUUCCUCACCAACUGACGAAUGGUAUUGACAUUGGGCACAUUAUUCCGACCUAAACUUUAUCGUAGCUUCCGAAUCGUUGCAACAAUCGACUCAUUAUUUAAGUAAAACGUUUUAACAAUACGGACGCAUUGUGUGAUAGUUUAGCGCUACAGAUGAAUUGGACACGUGCUUUAAACAACUACUACGGCGCCACCUACUGAAAUGCGUGUAUCAAAAAUGGUGAGCAGUUUAAAUCAGUCAGUUAUAUAUUGUCCACCCUGUAUAGAGCGUUCUUUUAUUAAACGACUUUCCCUUUUCGUUGGGACGCCUGUAUAUAUUGUAUGUAUUUACGUGAAUUUUAUUAUAUCGUCAAGUCUACAAGACCAGUUAGUUUUAGUAAAAUUUGCUUAUCUAUGUGGGCUAAGGCACCAAACUUUAACACCCUUUAUCUCAAAUAGAAAGCAUUUCUGCUGGGCUUUAGGCCCAUUGUAACGUGCGAUCAGUGCAACAUGAUCUAUUAAUAUAAGAAUUUUCACUAAAAGUGACUGGUAGCCAAUUUUCAAAUUAUUUGUGCAUGGUACUUACUUGCUGCCCGCCACAGUCUUGUCUAAAAUAACUACAUGGAUUUAAUUCAUAUGUUUUCAAGUGACCAAAAAGCCGACAACUUGCGUAAUAAGAUUUUGAAAGAGCAUAAAUAACCAUAGUAAUAAUUUAGGUAAGAUAUUUAGUUUUAUUUGUGCACAUUUAUUUUUAAGUCCUGUAUAUAGUUUUUAUUUAAGCUUCCGACCGAACCUCAAAACACGGUUGGCUUGUCAAAAUGUUAGUACUUUCGACAAUGCUAUGUAUAUGCCUUUAUGCGCCUGAAUGGCGGCGAAAUAAUGUCGAAUAUAGUUGAAUGCUGGUUGAAAAGCUAGUGAAGGUGAAAGUGAGUCAAAUAUAAUUGAAUGAUUAAUUUUACCUUGUGGAAGAUAUCUGUUAAUGUCUGUGUAGUUUGUUUUUUGUUUUGCUGAAAUGUACCUUUUAUAUAUUCUUGUGAGUUUUUACGUAGUUUCAGAAAGUUAGAUGGAAAAAUGACACACUUCAAAUAUUUUUUUUUUUUGUAAAUUUAGAGAUUGAUUCUGUCGUUUACAAAAAAUCAAAGUUGAACUUUGAACACCAUUAAGUGAGCCUUUCCUGUUUAACAUCCAGCUUUCAAAAAUAUUCAUAUAUAUUCAUAUUCAUUUUCAAUAAUAUUUGAACUCAAUGUAUUUUUUCAGUAUCUGAAUCCAUUAAGCUGUAUAUUUAUAUGAAUAUUAUUGUGUGUUCUGCAUCAUGAGUAUUUGCUGGCAAAUACAUUUCCAAAUUUAUGUCAUGCAUUGCUUAUUGUAAUUUUGAGUGUAAUUUAUUUGUGUUCUUGAAUAUUAAAUCCAUCUAUAUUGACAUUGAUAUUUUUACAUUGUGACUGAAGCUACAUUAUUAGAACCUAAAAUGAUGAUGAGUGAAAAUUUACAUGGCAAGCUAUGUAUGUCAGAAGGUAUGCUUUGAGUUUAGCUCAAUUUUGUAUUCUGGGUGCCUAAUUUCUUAUGAUUUAUAUUGUAGCAAGUACCAACUAAGAUAAUUCAAAACUAAAUUGAAAUAUAUGAAACUAGUGACUUCAGCUGCUCUUUAUACCUGGUGUUUCUAAUUCGACACUUACUCAUUGGGAUCUCGGAAACGGUAUGAAAUACGGAGUCGAUUAAAUGGGAGUAAGGUGGCGCAUUUACGUAAUUCCAAAAAGUGUACUCCAAAAGCUUAGCAAUCUAGAUUAUUUUCGGAUGUAGUUGACAGAAACCGAAUUUUCUCAAAACCGUUUAAUAUUUACCUGCCUUUAUGUGAGAUGAGAUUUUAAAAUAAAAAUCACAUUAAUAUCGCAAUUUUUUCUCCUCUACCAGGUGCCAUGAUUAGAAUUUCAAAAUGACGUUAUGUCUCUUGUCCCCAAUUAUCAACUUUAUUUUUUCUUAGAGGCGCCAUAUGGCUUUUUUGUACAGGUGAAUAGAGUUUUUAGUUAUGAUUCCAAAAAUGCAUAAUAUGUAAUACACUGGUAUUGCCAAUCCUUAGUAAGAAAAAAUGAAGUUGAUGAUUAAGGAAAGAAGACGAAGCGUCAUAUUGAACUUCUAAUCAUUCCAUCUUGUAAACGAGAAAAAGUGGCAAUGCUAAUGUAAUAUUUUAUUUUGAAACCCCAUCUGAAAUAAAGCCAGCAAAAAAUUGAGACGAUUAUGGGAAAAUUCGUUUUUUGUUUGUUUUGUAACGAGCUUAAUCUCGUUGUUCGGCUGACUGAGGCAACGUAGAUCUCUUGAAAAUGCUAAUUCCCGUUGGGCGGCAGCCUUCUUUUUAAAGUGCGGAGACAGCAGUUUUUUCUUCACGAACUUCUGUGAAGAGGACCUACUUAUGUUCUCUCAAUUUUUACUUCUCAGAGGUGCUUCUUAAAUGAAACGAGGAUGAAGUUUCCACGGCAACUUAUUGAACCAAACUUUUAGUCUUCGUACAAUGUACAGAUCUUGUUACGACUAGAUUUGUUAACUAUUGUCUUAGCGGUUGUAUGCGGAAGGUAUGGUUGGUUAACAGGUAGCCCCAGAUUUGUGCCAGAGCUAUUACUAAAACCGAGCAACACGUUAGCAAGCAGCAGUGAGAGAUUAGGCAGUGAGUAGGUAGCGUGCGACAAAAAUGAUAGUAACGUGAAUCGCAAAAGCGGUGCGAUUUGGCCCACGACGUCAGUGAUUUCUGCAGUGCGGUGCAGACGGAGUUAUGUGAUCAGGCGUACGCUAAUGUGAAGAGCAAAAUAGAGAAUCACCCCUAAAACAAUGCAGUAUCUUUACACAGCUAGAGUAAAUUUGUAGUAUUCCAGCAUUGCCCCCGAUCGUCGUUCUCCGAACAGGUGAUUGUAUCUAAAGCCUUGUCAAGAGUACGGUACGGUUUUGCACUCUACAGAGAUGAACUACAUGCUUUAAACGGUACUUUCCCAAUGGAUAGAUGCAGGGUGUUAUUAACGAUUCGGUGAAAUGGAGUAACGGCCCUUCGUUUACUCACCAGAAAACGCACCGGUUGGAAUUGUAAAAAAAAUAAUAGUUGAAAACAACGAACAGAAUUUUGGAUAACUAAAAUGAUUCCCUAGGAUCAAAACUCGGAUAUUCUAUUACAUUCGGUUACUUAGGUUAUUUAGCUAAGUGCGAAAAGUCACAAUUUUUGAAACACAACUUGUAAAAUAAAAUGCGGUACCUGAUCACACGUCAUUCCAAGUUUCUCUUACCUCGGUGUCUAUUUUAGCUUCUGCUUGUGCAACGGGGUACUGUCCACUGGGACGGCCGAUACCAGAGUGAGUUUUUUGAGCUAUUAUAGUCCAUAUUUACACUCGGGGUACUGACGUCACCCAGCCAUUCGAUUAAGCGCGUACUGUUUUAAGAAAUUUUAUGUUUUCGAGAACUUUCUAGUAACAAUGAAUGUUUUCGUAUCGAAAACCCCCUCAAUUUUUGUUUUCCUAGAUCCUAAAUUUUCAGGCGAAAUUUUGAAUACAUUCUAGAUGCUAUGUAUAGGAUAUUAUGAACCACAGGGUUGUUCUACCCUCUAGUAGCACUCACAUUCUAGAUGCUAUGUAUAGAAUAUUACAACCUUGCCACAGGGUUGUUCUACCCUCCAGUACUACUCACACACCUAAAAAUUUGCAUGUCAUUCUUCUGUGCAACCUUUGCUACUCUGUCUGGCACAUCGCAAUCAAGGAAAACAUUCCCAUUGCCAGAAAUAAAGAAACUGCUUGUAAUCGGUGGCUGUGAAUCUCGAAAAGGACUCGGCUACUGAGGUCGUAAAAUCUUCGAGCUACCUGAAACAGCGUUUCCCCCAACUGGGGUAAAACAUCCAACAGUUCAUUCAUGUCCACAGUUCCUAAGUUUUGGUAAAAGCAAUUUUAAGUCUUCAGUUCUCGGUCAGUUUUCCUAAUCUCCACCGCUGUCCUGGGUGUCGGAUUCUAUGAUUACCGGUAUCGCACCUCCUUUGGUUAAAAUCCACGAGGGGCCACACGUCCAGGGCUUCAACUUACACAGACCCCAGAAUCCAACACACUAAGAUGGAAUGUGUUUCCGAAUUACCAGCAAUCCACGUCUCUUCACUGAAUGCCGGUUACUAUGACUCUUUUGGGGCCACGUGUCUAGAGGUUUAACAGCAUCGGAUUAAGAGACCAACACAAUAAGACGGAACGUGACACAAUUGACUAGGUUUUCGGUUGGUGCACUGGGAGUCUUUUGGACGCCGCAGCUCCUUCGGUUAUAAUCCACGAAGGGCCACGCGCUCAGAGGUUUAGCUAUAUAAAAUACAAAAGACCAACACACAAGGAUGGAAUUGAGAAUCACUAGUUUUUUUUUCUUUUUCUUAUAUUCCGACUACCACGAAGGCCUAAGCCGUAAACACCCAUGGGAUACAGGCGAAAGGGAGAACGCCACACAUUCUGUCCCCGCCUACGAGAUCCGCCGGGUGGUACCUCUGCGUUCGACAGUCACAGACAGUCUACCACCUAUGGACAAUCACAACAUCCAUAGCCAAGAGAAACAUUUCUCUUGGGAUGGGAUUCGAACCCGCUCAGCGCACGGCACGACCGAAGAGUCUAGUACUGCGGCCACCGCUACUGCCUAGUUGUUACCAUAUGUAAGAUCUAAAUAUUGGUCGAUUUAAUGAAUCGAAUUUAUUAUCUGAAAUAGAGGCUCCAGAUGUGUCUACAGAGAAUCAAUAAUAAUUAAGAUUGCGGUGUCUAACGGUUCCUUACACCAAUGAGAGUGUACGCUAAUUCGAAGCGAUUUGGCCCUCAACGACAGUGAUUUCUGCGAUGCGGUGCAGACGGAGUAUGUUAUGUGACCAGGCGUUCCCUAAUUUCCGGCACAAACAAAACGGUUCGGUUGCCCUAGCCCUGAUUAUGGCUAAACACUCCCAGCUCGUUAUGUAUCAGUAAGCUUGGUCUAUAGGUCUGUUGUUAUUAUCUGAAAGUAGAGGCACCAGACGGGUCUAAAAUGUACGCUAAUGCGAAGAGCAAAAUAGUGGAUUAUCCCUAAAAUAAUGCAGUAUUUUUACACAGCUAGAGUUAAUUUGUACUAUUCCAGCAUUACCCCCGAUCCGAAAAGGUGAUUGAACCCAGAGCCCUGUCAACGGUACGGUGCGAUUUUGCGGUACAGAAUGAUGAAUUUAUAGCCCGACGAACAAAGUUUUAGAUAACUUAAAUGGUUCCCUAGAUAUCACAAUAUCUAAACUCAAAUAUUCUAACACUUUUGGAUACAUAGGUUAUUUGGUCAAGUCCGAAAAUAACUUCUUCUCGGCAGUAUUUGUCGAACAAAAUCUAUCACAAUUUUUGAAUCACAAGAGCUCCUCUUACCAUGGUUUCGGAAUCUGCGCCAUUUUAUACUACAAUGUGUAGGUUGGCUCUUGUUGUGGACUUCCUCUCCAUCUUUCUUUCCUCAGGUUACACCCGUAUCCGGAUGUAUGGGCAUGUGUAGUUGCAUAUGUGCAUUCAUUUCGGGCCUGAUGAAGCCAACCAGCAGAAAUACGUAUCGCUCGGGUUACCUAUCCUAUUUUCUGCUCGAAUCCACUUUUUGCGGAUUUUGUCCAUUAUUUUCCUAUUUUUGUUAUAUACCUUUCUCCGCAUGAUAAUUUUCUCUUUGUAGAUCCUUUGGGCUUGAAAUACCACAGCAAGUGGCUAUAACCGGCCGUGUGGUUGUGGUUAUUUGUCGCCUUGAAAAUUCGAGGUCUUCUAGCCAUUUUAUACUACAAUGUGUAGGUUGGCUCUUGUUGUGGACUUCGUGUGACUUUUUUCCUCUCCAUCUUUGUUUCCUCAGGUUACACCCGUAUCCGGAUGUAUGGGCAUGUGUCUCUACUUUUGUAGUUGCAUAUGUGCAUUCGUUUCGGGCCUGAUGAAGCCAACCAGCAGAAAUACGUAUCGCUCGGGUUACCUAUCCUAUUUUCUGCUCGAAUCCACUUUUUGCAGAUUUUGUCCAUUAUUUUCCUAUUUUUGUUAUAUACCUUUCUCCGCAUGAUAAUUUUCUCUUUGUAUACAUAUAUAUAUAUAUAUAUAUAUAUAUAUAUAUACCGUUUUCUCAGUUAUCCAAAUGCUCAAAUUUGCCUCCAUUCAAUCAUCUUCGCUCAUCUUACCAUUACCGAGAUCCCAAUGGUGAGGGUCGAAUUGAAACACCGGGUAUGAACUUAGUAAAACUACGUAGCCUCAGUAUUAAUAUAAAUAUCAUCUGAUCGUUCAAGUCCUGAAGUCGUCCAUUUUAUACAUUUUCAGCAACAUACUGACUUAGUUUUUGAAUUCUCUUUGCUGAAGUACGGCACCCUUAUUGUUUUUCUUGUUAUUACUUGACAUGCUUCAUGCAUAAGACUGUAUUCUAUCUAGACUAUAGAUUCACUUUGUAUCAAGACAAUUGGGCAUAUUUAGGAAUGAAGCUCUCUGAAAUUGCUGUGCUAGUUUCCGCACAUUUUUGUUUGUUUUAUUGUUAAUUCAGGCAAUCUAGCGAAAAUCAAAUGAAAUUCCGUGGAAGAUUGUAAGUUGACACAAUAUUUGGUAAAAAUGUGUAAAAAGGGUUACUGUUCAAGAAUAUGGGUCGAGCCAGAAAAAAAAAUGUUCUACCACUACUACUAUUUACGUUGAUCACUUUCAAAGCGAUACAAUAACUUGAUGAAAAAGAUAUAACAUGAUUUUUAACACAAUUUUUCACAAAUAUAAAAAUUGAAGGGGAUUAUUUUUUUGUGGUACUACCCAUAUUGUCGUAAAGUUACUCUUUUAAUACCACAUUUUCAGAAAAUAAUCUGUCCACUUAAAAUUUCCCCCAACGAUUUUACUAUAUUUCUUAGUCUAUGUUCCCAUUUUAACUAAAGAAUUCAAUCUGAAAAAUGGUAAAUACUAGCAAUAUGAAAUAUAUCAUUGUAGUGAUAUCUCAUCAAGGUAAAUAAUGAACGUUUUAUAUUACAAAAUUUGUCUUCACAUACUUUCACUCUAGAUACCUGUAGUGUCAAAUCAAAUAAUUUGCAAUACAUAUUAUUUAUGCUCAUAAGUUCAAUGCGUAAAAUAUGUACCCAUGGAUGUUUUCUAGAAUUGUGUUUAUACCUGUGUAAUCAUGGACUUUUUGACAAAGGUUUACACACAUAAAUGUAGACAACGUUCCAAUAUUUAUACAUAAUUAGAACAAUUGAUAACAAUAAAAAGUCUC